CUUGCAGACACUUUCAACAAAUUCAGAGUGAUUUAAUUAGGACAUUUCCCUAAAAGAAACUGGAGUUGGCAUACCAUGGAGGACCAGGAAGAAACCACAGUUAGAAAUGCCAAGGAGUGCCAAACACAGAACGGGGAAAGCAAAAGAGAGCAGGAAGAGGAAGGAGAGAAAGUUGAAGAGAUGGUGGUCGAUAGAGACAUGGAGGAUUGGAAUGGGUUUAUUUCAGAGGAGAUGGCAUUGGGUGAAGCAGAGGAAGGGGAGGUGGUGGCUGAAUGGAGACCUGGUGAAUCAGUGACCCCGCAGCAUGUCUUAUGGCUCAACAGUUACACUAAGGAGUAUCUGUGUUCACCAGACGACAACAUCUACAAUGUAAACUUCUCUCGCUUCAAGAUCAGGGACCUGGACAGUGGAGCAGUCAUCCUUGACAUCAAAAAACACUGUCCAACAGAAAUUCAAGACGUCAUUGAACUUGAUACAAGCAGAUUCAUCCAGUAUCACUUCUCCCCUGCAUUCCUGGCCCUCAGAGAGAUAGGAGCUACGUUGGAGUUCACUGUGGGCAGCAAGGCACUGAACCGAUUCCGCCUGAUCGAGAGGCAUUUUUUCAGAAACCUUCUGCUCAAAACCUUUGACUUUGAGAUUGGCUUUUGCAUCCCACACAGCAGAAACACCUGUGAGCACAUCUACUGCUUACCUGACCUGGAACCAGAGACAGUGGAGGAAAUGAUUGCCAACCCGUUUGAGACACGCUCGGACAGUUUUUACUUUGUCAACAACAAGCUGAUCAUGCAUCACAAAGCCGAGUACUCCUUCACCCCACAAAGAGAAACUGACACAUCCAGGGAAUCGGGAAACUGUCAAUGAACGGACUCAGCCUCUGGUGUUGUUCAUUAAUGUUGCUUAAGGCUGUAAAAAUGUUAUUUUGUAUGAGGUUUUAUUUGGUGGGAGAGAAUUCAAUCAUAUGCUACUGCUGUGGGAAAAACUUCAGACAAGUAAUGAGUGCUUGAUUAAAAUGUCAAAAACUGGUACUGUUAGAGUUUAUCACAUACUGGAAGAUUAAUGCAUUCUUCUUCAAGCUAUCAGGAGAUAAUCAUAAUACUUGUUCUAAUUAUGUUCUAUCUAUCAAAAUAACAUUUACAUUCAACUUAUUUGUCUAUACAAAAGCACUAAUUCCAAUUUUAUUGAAUAAAUUACUGUAUCAGCAACCCAGUCUCACAUCAAAAUGUGCAAUAGCUGCGUUCGUCCACAGCACAAAAACAUAUUAUUUUCCGAAUAUGGGCUCUAAAGCUGUGAGGUGCCUGCAUUCUUUUUGGCCUCUUCUCUUUAAAGGAUAACUUUCGUUUUUUACAACCUGGACUUUAUUUGUAGCAUUAAU